AUGCCGGUCCACAUGGCCACAAGCAUCUUGCCAUCAACUACACUCAAGCUACCUCAGUGGAUUAUUGACCAAGCUCUCAAGAAGUUACGUCUACUCUUGCGUGGUGACCCAGUGUUGACACGCGGUGAUUUACCUGGUGCAGAGACCACUGCGGCCUCAUGGGAGCAGCCGCCUCUUAACCAAACAACGGCAGAGUCAUGUGUUCCAGCAUCAGCACACAAUGGGAAAUGGCCCUGCCUGCAACCUGCUGUGCCCGAGUAUGCGGAAACUGGCGAUAACAAUGUGUACUUAUUCCCCACAACCUAA